CCUUAGCUCCCGCGCUAGAGAGAAACAUGUAUCGUUUCCGAUCACAGCUCUUCACGGGGAUUUCUGCUGCUGCCACUACUCGCUCAUACCCCCGUCGCUUUUCGCCUCUGUUGUUAGCCGAAGACUCGCCUCUCAGCCGCCCGACGCACAGACGCACGAGUAGAAAGUGCAGCUCCAUCGGCUGAUCUUCACUGAGCUCCAGUUUAGACGGCACCGGGCGUCCCACGAUGCCGAAGAAUAAGAAGCGGAACGCUCCCCACCGCGGCGGCAGUAGUAGUGGCGGCGGCUCUGGGGCAGCCACGGCGACGGCGGCGACAGCAGGUGACCAGCAUCGACAUAUCCAGCCCUUUAGUGAUGAGGAUGCAUCCAUCGAGACAAUGAGCCAUUGCAGUGGUUACAGCGAUCCCUCCAGCUUUGCUGAGGAUGGACCAGAGGUCCUUGACGAAGAAGGAACUCAAGAAGACUUAGAGUACAAAUUGAAGGGAUUAAUUGACCUAACCUUGGAUAAGAGUGCGAAGACAAGGCAGGCAGCUCUUGAAGGCAUUAAAAAUGCACUGGCUUCAAAAAUGCUCUAUGAAUUCAUUCUGGAAAGAAGAAUGACCUUAACUGAUAGUGUUGAACGCUGCCUGAAGAAAGGAAAGAGCGACGAGCAGCGUGCAGCCGCGGUGCUGGCCUCCGUGCUUUGUGUUCAGCUGGGCCCUGGCAUCGAAAGUGAAGAGAUUUUAAAGACUCUUGGGCCCAUCCUAAAGAAAAUAAUGUGUGACGGAACAGCUAGUGUCCAGGCAAGGCAGACUUGUGCAACUUGCUUUGGUGUUUGCUCUUUUAUUGCCACAGAUGACAUUACCGAACUGUAUUCAACCCUGGACUGUUUGGAAAACAUCUUCACCAAGUCCUAUCUCAAAGACAAAGACUCCAAUGGCAUUUGCAGCACGCCCUCCACAGUGCUCCACAUCAGCUCGCUUCUCUCGUGGACGUUGUUACUGACCAUCUGCCCCAUCAGCGAAGUGAAGAAAAGGCUGGAGAUGCAUUUCCAUAAACUUCCAAGCCUGCUUUCUUGUGAUGAUGUAAACAUGAGAAUAGCUGCUGGUGAAUCUUUGGCGCUUCUGUUUGAAUUGGCCAGAGAGAUGGAGACUGACUUCUUUUAUGAAGACAUAGAAUCUUUGACCCAGAUGCUGAGGGCUUUGGCUACAGAUGGAAAUAAACACCGGGCCAAAGUGGACAAGAGAAAGCAGCGCUCCGUGUUCAGAGACGUCCUGCGGGCGGUCGAGGAACGGGAUUUUCCAACAGAAACUGUUAAAUUUGGUCCUGAACGCAUGUAUAUCGAUACCUGGGUCAAGAAACACACUUAUGACACCUUUAAAGAGAUCCUUGGGUCAGGGAUGCAGUACCAUUUGCAGUCAAAUGAAUUCCUGCGCAACGUGUUUGAACUUGGACCCCCGGUGAUGCUUGAUGCUGCAAUGCUUAAAACAAUGAAGAUUUCUCGUUUUGAAAGACAUUUAUAUAACUCUGCAGCUUUUAAAGCACGGACGAAAGCUCGAAGCAAGUGUCGGGAUAAGAGAGCAGAUGUUGGAGAAGUCUUCUAGAUUUUUAGCACUUGAUGACUUUUUUCUAAUUUCUUUUCCUAUUUUUAAUGUACAUAAGCCUUAGAGACAGUUUUUAUCUUGGGUCAAGUUAUCUCAUUUUGUAGAGGGGGGAUUAUAUAUUCCUUCUAACUUAAUGUACAGUAUUAUAAAUGAUGAGUUCUGAUUUAUUCAAUAUUCUCUAAAUGUAAUCCAUAAACGUGAAUAAAGAAUAAUGUUUGGUCAUGCUCUGUUUCAGAAAUGAGCAAAAAGAUGGCAUUUCACUUGAUUUCAUGUUGAGAAGGGUUUGAUUUCUUAUACUGUGCUUGUCAAAAUAUUGGCGAAUUUAAUGAUAUACAUAUAAGAUUGUUAAUAUCUUAAGAGUUUUGGAUGCAGGCUUCAGAAGCUAGCUCCUUGGGGAGAGCUGCUGUAUUUUAAAUGGACUGCAGCAGUUUCAUUUUUAUCACUGGGAUAAACAAGGAUUAUACACUAAAAUUUGUAAGAGCUAAAGACCAUUGAUUGAUGUUUCAGCUACUGGAGUUUGUGGUGAGUUAGCCCGGGCUGGAAAGGUGGCUGACCCAGACUGUUGUGGUGACACUCAUUUUAUCUGCUGUGUGAGAGGUUGUUCUUAUCACUUGGAAAUAAAGAUCUUUUCACACUGAAAGUGCUUGUUUUCUUAUAGAAGAAACAAUCUUAUAACUUAGAAGGAUAGAGUUCAAAACACUCAAGCCAGGUAGGGCUUUUGUCUGUUUAAAAACUUCAAAAUUAAAUAAAUAAUGUAAUGUAAAAUUGG